UUUGCUCAUCAUUGCUUAAUUAGUAUUAUGGCUCACAGUCCUCCCAUGAUAUCCUCAGAUUGCGGCUCUAGGGCCGCCAAACCGUGGGGAUAUCCACUGGCUAUCGCUGGCAGAUUCCUGUUCCUAGCCCCUUGUGACCUUGGAUUUGUUCCAAAUCCUAACAAGGUUCAUGCUUCCAUGCAUGCUUCCAUACAUUGUUAAAUAAAAUAAGUCGGAUUAUCCAGACGGAGAGCUCGUCCUCCGGCCAAGUAUAAGAACCUUAUCCUCUUCCUCCUGUGGAAGCCUUCUUCGUCCUUGCCAGCCAACCCAUCACCUUCUCUAGAUACACCGCAGACAUGAUUCGCACACUCCCCUUCGCUGCUGCCCUCGUCGGCCUUGUUGCCGCCCAAAACCCGGGAACCAACCCUGAAGUCCACCCCAAGCUCGAGACCUGGAAGUGCACAGUGGCCGGUGGUUGCGUGUCUGCCAACACCGCUGUUGUCAUCGACUCCGGGGCCCACUCAAUCCAUCUGCCAGAUAGCACCGCUGCGUGCAGCGGUACAAACUGUGUCAUUGAGGGCAUCGAUGACUACGCAAGCCAUGGUGUCACUACCGAGGGCGGCGCCCUCAACUUGUUGCAGUUACUUAACGGGCAGUCAGUUAGCCCUCGCGUCUACCUCUUGGAGGAGACCGAGACGAACUACGAGAUGCUUCAGUUGACUGGCCAGGAGCUCUCCUUUGAUGUUGAUGUGUCAAAGCUGCCUUGCGGCAUGAACGGUGCUCUCUACCUCUCUGAGAUGGGAGCCAAUGGCGGCCAGAGUGAGGCCAACCCCGCCGGAGCCCCAUACGGCACCGGCUACUGCGACGCUCAAUGCUACACCCAAACUUUCAUUGACGGCGAGGCCAACCCCGAGGGACACGGCUCAUGCUGCAAUGAAAUGGACAUCUGGGAAGCCAACAACGCAGCUACCGCCUACGCCCCCCACCCCUGCAGCGUCGAUGGUGUCUACGCCUGCACGGGUGCGGAAUGCGAGUCCGCCGGCGUCUGUGACAAGAACGGCUGCGGCUACAACAACUACGCCCUCGGCAACAGCACCUUCUACGGCCCCGGUCUGAUCGUCGACACCUCCCGCCCCUUCACCGUCGUCACGCAGUUCCCAGCGACUAACGGCAUUCUCACUGAGAUCCGCCGUUUGUAUGUCCAGGAUGGGAAGGUCAUCCAGAACGCACCGAUUAAUAUUGAGGGUCCGGCACCCGGAGACAGCAUGACUGACGAGUUCUGCGUUGCUACCGACGCGACGGCAUUUAACCGCCUCAAUGGUCUCGAGGGUAUGGGCGGCGCGCUGUCGAGGGGUAUGGUUCUCAUUUUCAGCGUGUGGUGGGAUACUAGCGGAUUCAUGAACUGGCUGGAUAGCGGCAAUGCAGGGCCAUGCAGCGCCACCGAGGGUAACCCAACGGAGAUCGUUAAGGUGGAGCCAAACCCAGCUGUGACCUUCAGCAAUGUCAAGUGGGGUGAGAUCGGAUCUACGUUCUCUGAGGGUAACUAAGAGAUUGGUAUGGAGAGUAGAUGGGAAGUGGGGC